UGUAAUUAAGAUUGAUGAAAUCAUUCAGGUAUUUUACAUUAUUGUAUAUUUCCAACUAUUAAAGUACUGUUACCAUACCUAUAUGUAUGCUAACGUUGAUACAUCGAUGUAAGCGUCUACGACUACAUUUGAAGCAUGGCUUAAAAACAACUGAAACGAUUUGAGGUGGUGCUUGCAUCAACAACCAACAUGAGGAAAAAGUGCUAUAGACUAGGCCUCGGAGGAGUGAUUUGCAUUCUCUUGAUAUGGCGGUUUCUCAAAGGACCUCCCAUUAAAAGUAGUCAUCGUCAGUCCGACUCUACCAAAUCGGUCCAAAAAACUGACGAACUAAUGACAUUCCCAUCAGUAGCGAUGACCAACCCACCAAUACCAAUGGCCAAGAUGGCUCCAGCUUCUGAAAGAAUAUUAGUUGUCUAUGCAUAUUCCGAAAUCGCAUACGAUAGAUAUGAUAGCAAGAGCAAUUUGCAAUUUUUCAUCGAUUUUGCAAUAAACGGCAAACACCAUAGUUACGAUGUUGAUUACGUCAUUGUAGUCAAUGGAUACAAUUGUACUGUUAACAUUCCAGAACAAAACAAUACAUAUGUUAUUGCUCGACCAAAUUCUGGGUUUGAUGCUUGUGCUUGGAAGGUUGGGCUCGAUUAUAUGAGAAAUAAGAAAGGGGAUAAGUGGUAUAAGUAUUUUGUAUUGUUAAAUGCAUCUGUCAGGGGACCAUUUAUACCUCCUUACGCCAACGAUAAACACUGGACAACAUAUUUUACCAAAUUUUUAGAUUCAUAUGUGAAACUAGUGGGGACGAGUAUCUGCUGUUCAAAAAUAUGGCCGGUACAUAUCCAGUCUAUGUUCUUAGUAACUAGCCAAACUGGACUGGCGCUGAUAGAAGAUCUCCUCAAAUGCGGUUAUAGAGACAAACUUGCAGUUACUUUUAAUGUCGAAAUAAAGAUGUCGCAAGCUGUUCUGAAAAAGGGGUUUAACAUAGCGUCCCUUUUAAAACAAUGGGAAGAUCAUGAUUUUCGGGAUAAACAUCGCACAGAUGAAAUGUGCAGUAAACAUAACACCAAAAAGAAUGGAGAUCCAUAUUUCGAAGGAGCUUAUUACGAUGGCAUAGACAUACAUCCGUUUGAAGUAAUGUUUUUUAAAACGAAUAGAGGUGUCAAUCAGAGAGUCCAAGACAUAUACAGCAGUAUGAUGCAGGAAUGGAGACAGAAUUACUCUCCAGAAAAGACGAAAGGAUAUUACAUUGACAAUAAAUCUAA